CGCGCGCCUGCGCGCCGGGCGUGUGGGCGGGGCGGAGUUCCGUCGCGUCGGCCGUCCCGGGCGGGAAGCGCGAGCGCGGCGCGCUCUGGAUUCCGGGCUCGAGGAUGGUGCUCCGCAGGCUGCUGGCCGCCUGGCUGCACAACGCGCAGCUGGUGGAGCGCCUGGCCGAGUCGCGGCCCAUCCGGCGGGCAGCGCAGCUCACGGCCUUCGCGCUGCUGCAGGCGCAGCUGCACGGCUCCGACGUGGCGCGGCGCCUGCGAGCCCUGGCGGCGGGGUCCUCGGGCUCCCUGGCGCGCCGCGCCGCCCGCUUCAAGGAGACCUUCGGGCAGGAGCUGCGCCGCAGCCUCCGAAACCGCCCGGGGCCGCCCCCAGGUGACCGCCGCCCCUAGGCCCGCGCCGGGCCGGGCCCGCCACCGACUUUCCUCGACGCCGCCGACGCCUAGAUGCUCGCCGCGACCGUCGCUCGGCAGAGGCCCCGCAGGAGCCGCCCCGGAGCGUGACCGCGCGCCGCGGACCCGGACCCGGACCCGGACGCAGCCCCGAGGAGCGCCUGCCCGCCGCGACCUUGUCCGCUGCCCUUGUCGCCGCGCCGAUGGCCUGCAGCCCCACGGCGCGGAGGGGCGGGGGGAGAGAGCCGCGUUGCAAGGACAGUCGAGCCACAGCGACCCGGACCCACUGAUUAAAUGUGUGAGCUGA